AUGUCAUUAUCUUCCCCUCCUCGCCUCGGUAAACGAAGAACCAACAUCAGGCACCGCAGCAACAACACAGACACUCGUUUCAAUAGUUUCCUCCAUUACCGCAAUACCUCAUUCCGCCAAUCCCAACACCGUUACAUGCUCGUCCAUUUACAAUCGGCAAUUCAUUCUUUUGAUUUGGAUCGCAUGAAUCAUCGACGGAAUCAACGGGAUCGAGAGGUUUCUUCUUCUUCUUGGAUGCUCGGUGCUUACGUUUCUUGCUAUGGGGGAGAGUUGCUGGAUCCGAUUUCGGCGGAAAACCUCGAAGGAGAGCUUUGUGUUGAGAAUGAGAUGGUGAAAGUGAGAAUGACCGUUGAGAAUCUGAAGAAAGGGGUUUUGAUUUUUUUGUUUACACGUGAGUGGAGAAUUGAGUUCGUGAUUGAUUCCUUUCACUCUUUUUUCUAA